UCCUUCGCCAAAACAGCAUUUAAAUGAGUAUUGCGGGUGGGAAAAUGGAAAUCUUCUGAAUUUUAGUAUGCGAAUGCCCGAGAAGCACCCUUGGCCUGCUCAAUAUCCCUGACUGAUUGCCCUGUUCUCCAAUGGCACUUACUUUGGAGUAGCAUCCCUGGUUGCCCCAGGGACUGUACUAACUGCAGCUCAUCUAGUGAUGAACAAGAAUGCGGAUGAUAUUGUGGUGAGAGCUGGUGACUUUGACUUUUUGUUGCGCGGAGUACAGUUUCCGCCGGAUGAGCGUCGUGUGAACAGAAUCCGGAUCCAUGAGAACAACGUAGCACUUCUGUACCUCAAGUCCCCGUUCAAGCUGAGAAAACAUAUCGCACCCAUUUGUUUACCUGCCCAGGGAAAGUCAUUCGAGCAAAAGCGCUGCAUUAUUGCCGGAUGGGGAAAGCGGGCUGUCCACCCUUACACACAAUUUUUGGAUAUACAAAUAAAAAUGGAUGUGCCAAUAGUAAGCAGGACAUUCUGUCAGAAUCAGUUAAGGCAAACCAGACUCCGCAUUGAUUAUAACCUACCAGAUAGUCUAAUUUGCGCCGGCGGUGAAAAAGCAAAGGAUGCCUGCUUUUUCGAUGGUGGAUCUGCCUUGUUCUGUACACAGGAAAAUUUUCCUUUUCGUUACGAUCUGGCAGGCGUCUUCAGCUUUGGUUUGUGUGAACUGGAAAACGUGCCAUCAACGUUUACCAAUUUGGCCAUGUUCGGAGAUUGGCUUUAUCAACACCUCUAGAAGU